AUGGCGGCGGUACGCCGUUCGCCGAUCUGGUGCGAGGGCUCAUUGCUGCAUGCCGUACAAUUGUCCGGCUUGUUUCCCGACUGCAAGACCUUCGUCGACAUGCCGUUGAAGAAUGACGCCGAAACCACAUUGGCGAAAUGGAAUGCGAUCACCUCGCUAUCGGCCGUCACCAACGACGUGCUCGCGUUGUUCCUCCGCGAGAACUUCGACGAACCCGAGGGUGAGCUCGAGGAAUGCGCACCAGUGGAUUGGAGCCCUAUGACCGACAGAUUUGAGAACAUUCAAGACGCGGAUUAUCGGAAAUUCGCGGCGGCGCUUCACGCAAAAUGGCCGACACUCUAUCGGAAAAUCUCGCAAAAGGUGCUCAUCAGUCCGGAAAAGUACUCGAUUAUUCCGGUGCCGAAUCCGUUCGUUGUGCCCGGCGGUCGAUUUCGCGAGAUGUACUAUUGGGACUCGUUCUUCACCAUCAAGGGUCUCAUCGCGUCGGGAAUGAUGUGCACGGUGCGCGGAAUGAUCGAGAACAUGAUAUUUCUCGUCGAGACGUUCGGCUUCAUUCCGAACGGCAAUCGCGUUUACUAUCUGAAUCGAUCGCAACCGCCGCUUCUUACAUGGAUGGUGUACGCGUACUAUGAAGCCACUGGUGAUGUUGAGUUCAUUCGGCAGACGCUUCCGACGCUUCGAAAGGAGCUCAUCUUCUUCCAGGCGAACAAAUCGAUUCAGCUUGAAGGUUGGUCGGCGCCGUUAUAUAGGUACACUGUCCAGUCGACACGCCCACGCCCUGAAAGCUAUCGAGAGGAUUUGCAAUGCGCUGAACACUUGGAAGGCCAUGAGGAGAAGUGCGUUUUGUGGGGCGAUAUCGCGGCGGCCGCGGAAAGUGGCCGAGAUUUCUCGAGUCGCUGGUUCGCCGUCCACGGGCCGUACGCCGGAAAAUUGGAGUCGACGCGAACAUCGCGCAUGAUUCCGGUGGAUUUGAACGCGAUCAUUUGCGGAAACAUCCGAUUGAUGGGCAAAAUGUACGAAGUGAUUGACGACAUUCAUGGAAUGAAGUGGAGCGCGCAACUUCACGCCGACAUGGUCGACACGAUUGAGAAGGUGCUUUGGAAUGAGGAGCACGGAGUGUGGUUCGAUUUCGAUCUUGAGGAGCACAAACAGCUGAUUACCUUCAACGACACCAACUUUUUCCCGAUGUACACGAAGAGUAUGCACGCCGGAUUCGACGCUUCCAAGGUGGCCGAGUAUUUGAUGAAUUCGGGCGCGAUGGCGUUCACCGGCGGUGUGCCAUCGUCGUUGGUCAACUCGGGCGAACAAUGGGAUUUUCCUAACUCGUGGGCGCCGAACACCUGGGUUCUCAUCGAGGGCCUACGCAAUUGUGGGCAAGAAGAGCUGGCGAUGAAGAUUGCCGCCAAAUGGGUGCAAAAGAAUUAUAAUAUGUGGAGAUGCAGUGGUGGACGAAUGUUCGAGAAGUAUAAUGUCGUCUCGCCGUGCUAUCGUGUCAAAGGCGGUGGCGAGUAUGUGAUGCAGGAGGGAUUCGGUUGGACUAAUGGGGUGAUCUUGGACCUACUCGCAACGUAUGGAAAAGAACUUCGAUUCACGACAGUUGAAUCAUGCGAAUGUUGCGACGUCAACGUUGCCGCGAAGGUGCCGAUGUCGCCGUCGUCGUCGAGCUUGAACUCGACGGUGUGCGGAAUGUACGCGGACUCGCUGACACAGACCGCGUCGGUUGCCUCGUUCGCGUCGAUGGCAUCGGUGACGGAGCCGCCGCCGUCGUGUGCACCAAUCAGCGAGCCGACGGAAAUUGUGGGAUUCUGA